AUGAAGCUUUCAAUGCGUUUGAUCUCAGCUGUUCUCCUCUUGUUCAUGAUAUUCGUUGCUACAGGGAUGGGUCCAGUAACAGUGGAGGCACGCACAUGUGAGUCACAGAGCCAUAGGUUCAAGGGUCCAUGCGUGAGCGAAACCAACUGCGCAAACGUGUGCCACAACGAAGGUUUUGGCGGAGGCAAUUGCCGUGGAUUUCGUCGUCGAUGCUUCUGCACCAGAAACUGCUGAUUCACUGCAUCUCAUAACUCAUCAAAAUCAUCGAUCGUCUUGUGUGUGUUCUCGAAUAAGUCUAUGGUUUGUGUGUUUUCUGUUCUAAUGUAAUUUAUAUUUUAAAGGCCUAAAUGGUAACCGGAUUCAGUAAUAUAAGCAAGACUAAAUUAUUGUGUCAACUGCGAUUCAUGUUCUUGGAAUAAGUAGUUUUGACAAGUUUUUUUUUUUCAACUAUGGUAACGACUAAUUAGUCUUAUCACAUCAUUAGAAUAAAUUUUCUAUAUAAAUAUUUACUAGGUGUUUUGUCCGCAUUUGCGGCUUAAUAAUUUCCUAAUAUCUAUAUUCAAAUAUAAUCAGUUUAUGUA